UCUCUCGCUGCGCUCUCAUCCUCUUGUUUCUCCGCUUCUGUGCGUAAGAGCGCACCGAUGGAUCUCUGAAGUCGCCUGGACCACGUUAGCGAAAUACUGAGCUUAUGUUCUCAGAAGAUGAGAUGUUAGGAAAGAUGUUGACCAGCGCCGAUGAGGCAGCGCCGUUGUUUGGACGCAUGUUCCCACACUUUCCAUCGUAUCAUGACCGUGCGCCUCUCCAUCUCACUCCCGGUGUCUUCGUUAUUGCGUGAAGUCAAACGGCGAAGGAGGCACAAUGCGGGGGAAAUACUUUCUCCUGGGCUUCUUGUUGCUCAAACUUAUGGCUCUGGUGUGCAAGGCUGACGGGGAGCCGGGACUUUUGGGGGGAUUUGUGAUGAUCGCCACGUCCAACGGUUCCAGAGAGGAGGAGAGCGUGUCGGAGGAGACACCGCACACCGAGGACAAAUGUCGGGGUUACUACGACGUGAUGGGCCAGUGGGACCCACCUUUCAUCUGCAAGACAGGCAACUAUCUGUACUGCUGCGGCACCUGUGGAUUCCGCUUCUGCUGCGCCUACAAGCACUCCAGACUGGACCAGAGCACCUGUAAGAACUACGGCACCCCGGCGUGGAUGAGAACUGGGCAGACACCCUACAAGAAGAUGAACAAGAUGCACGACAGCACCAAAGACAAGACGAACUUAAUCGUCUAUAUCAUUUGUGGAGUAGUGGCCAUCAUGGCUCUUGUGGGAAUUUUCACCAAAUUGGGUUUGGAGAAGGCGCACCGUCCGCAGAGAGAGAACAUGUCCAGGGCUGUGGCUAGCGUCCUGCAGGGUGGGCGUCCAGGUGAGCAGUAUCGAGGGGAGGAGGCCCUUGGCAUGAAUUCCCAGCACUACUUUUCCCGGGCCACUAACCUGCAGGGUGGUCAGAUCAACAACAACAUGAGCCAGAGCUCCAACCUUGGCCAGCAGCAUCCAUAUCCCGCCCUCAGCCAGCUGACCCACGUCUAUGAACAGCAACAACAGCAGCAGCAGCAGCAACAGCAGCAGCAGCAGCAGCAACAGCAGCAGCAAAACAAAGAUCUGAACAAGUACGCAUCAUUAAAGGCAGUGGCUGCCAAGUACAACGGUGAACUCUACAACAAGCGUCGACUGAUGGAGCUGCCAACAAAAGGCGGACUUCCCCUUCAACCCAUGGGCAACUCAAGACCAGCAAUGGGCAACAUGUCAUCAAUAACUCCACCAAUGACCAACAAUCCCAUGGCUUCAAACCCGAUGGCCUCCAACCACAUGAAUCCCACCAUCACACAAAUGGCUUCCAUGAAACCCAUGCCGUCCAUGACACACAUGACCUCCCUCACACCAAUGACCUCCUUAGGCCCUCUGACUCCAGAGCCAGUGGCAACCUAUGUCACAGAGAUGCCUAGCAUCUCCUCCGUCUCAACGCUCCCAACAGAACGACAUGGGGCUGUCGGCGGGGGACUGAAGCCGAACGGCCAGAAACCUAAGCUCAGCCACGGCCAUGCAGCCCACAGCUCUCAUAGUGCUCACUCUCAUGCUCACAGCCACAGUAGCAAGCCGCCAGGGCUCGGCCCCACCUCCCUGGCACAUAUGGCAGGGACUAUGCCAGGUGGCACAUCCAUGGGCUUCUCUAGGCCAUCGGAGACAACCAUGGGCUCCAGCUCAGCUACAAUGGGCCGCUCUUUGGCAUACAGUUCCAAUACAAUUGCAGCUGGGCAUGCAAUGGGUCUGGGGCUGAAGGGCUGGGAUGGGACUGAGACGGUGGGGCGGAGAAAGACUUACGGGCACAAGAGGCCCCAGUGUACCAUUCUGGAGCCAAACCAACUCCAUGGCACCAGAGUUCACAGCCACAGCCAGCACUUCCUCCCCACACAGCCCUACUUUGUUACCAACAGCAAGACAGAAGUGACUGUGUGAACGGAUUAAAUGGUCAACGGAGGCCAAGGAUGCAUGAGGAUUGGUGGCUCAUUCAUCUGAGUGGAGAAGCCGAGACGGGCUGGUCACAAAUACAAAUGUAUGUGUAUGUAUGUUCUUGUAAAGAAGUUGAGGCUUGCUAGUAUUAGUGAAGGAUUGCCAUGACUUUGUAGGGGGACAGUGGAAGCACAUCGGAGGGGUUGUUGUUUCGCAGAGAGCUCAUCAAUCAAAUUUCUCAACACAUCUGUGUUACUUAACGGAUGACAGGCGAGUGCAAGCCGACUAUAACAGCAAGGAGUCUGUCGAGCCGGGGUCUCUGCGUAUACAUCGACUCUGUUAUGUUAACCAAACAUUUCAGUGAGAGUACACCGCUAAAGCAAAACGGCAGAUCGUGAAUCCGGGGCUAUUCGAACCAAACCCAAGAAGCAAUACGAAGGAUCAAGUGUAAAGCAACAAGCAUCGUGGGAAAGGAAUACAGCAAGUUCACUCACAAACCCGGCGAAAGUCCUGACUGGUUUGGAGAAAUGAUAAUUCCCUCAUGCUUCGACCACAAAUCUCUUGAGGGCUUUGAAACAGACACAUGGCAUUGGUGCUGAGCUCUGGACUGCAGAUAUGCCGGGCUUUGUAGUAAAGCUAUUCAAAAGUGCUUUCAAAUCUCUGCAGCUGAAGGUCGCUCAUUUCUAUAAGGCUGCAGAACAAAGACAGGAGCCGAAAUGGUAUUGUUCUGUUUCGGAUCUCGUCUGCAUGGCGAAAGAUGGCCAAGGGGAAGUUGAAAGAGGUGUUAUGUGGAUGUUGCAGCAGCUAGCAGAUGCUCCGUGGAGCAUCAUUAUUGUAUACACAAAAAUGCACACAGUCAUGCAUGUGCAGACACGCCGGCACACACACAUGUAUACUGGAGACAUACUGCACACACUAGGGCUUGCACAUUGUUUUACCGCUCUGUUUCAAAUUUCCUUCUAAUUUGUGUAUAUGUUUUCAAGUGAACAUCUUGAGCGAAAAAAGCUGACGAAAGUCCUUUGAAUUUUCAAAAAGUGUUUUCAUGGACAUUAACUGGAUGCUCAAAUAACGAUUUGAUAAGGAUUGUCGUACCCAAACAAUUUGAUCCAUUUUUUUUUUUUGCUAGAGCACUCUGAUUUUUAAUUUUUUUUUUUAAAUCUUUUGUGAUUUUAUUUUAUUUCUUGCAUGCAUUUGCAUCUAAAAACACAUUUUAAUGAAAUUUGGCAAAAGGAAUGCAGGAAUAUAUUUACGUUUCACUAUAUAGUUGAUUUUUUUUAUUGUGAUUAAAAAAUGUCAACAACUAUUGCCAUUUCACAUCUUUGAGAUUUCAAGAUAGUUUAAAAUUUACUAAUUUAACCUUUGGAUUCCGGUUAUUUUGAGGGAAAAAUGUGGGAAAAUGUCAUGUAAAAAGAGCUGAAGAUGGCAUGACCCAUAGGCCAUUCUGCUGUAUGACUGUCAACUUGGAAAUCCAUAUUUAAAUUAAAGUGAUAUUGCAAAUGGAUAUUGCUGGGUGUUAGAUUGUUUCACAUUAUUAUAAUUGUUAUUAUUAUUUGAUGAGCUGGCAUCAUCCCUGUUACAAAACUAUGAAUUCAACAUUAUGUGUAGAUGACAGAUGAGUGGCAAUAAUGGAAAACAAUAUAUAUGAUUGACAGCGUGAAAAAUAAUUUGCUUUCUCGCUAAUUUUCCUGAAUUGCUAGUGAAAUUCUCCUCUUUGAUUUAUUUAUCUGGAAAUACUUUCAGUUUCAUUGUUUGUAAAGUCUUGUCUCAAUUUGAAGCAAGUGUAUUCCUGGAUUCUCUGUCCUUCAAACCUCAGCAGUUCAAAGGAGGGGUUCAAAUGCAACGCGACCUAUGGUCAGUCUUCCUUCAACAGGGGGAUGUUUGAGAGGAAAUAUGAGUGUAAGUGAAAUCAACUGCUUGUUGCUGGACGAAUGCUGGCGUCAGAAACCAGACUUCAUUAGAUCACACACUCAGUCAAGCUGUGGCUGAAAUAAACAUCACAAGCAUCUGGGAAGAAAAAAAGAUUAUUGGGUUACAAGACACAAAAAUAAAUCUAUAAGACUAACAAAUAGGCCAGAGCUGCUCCCAGCUCUCUUUCCAUGUUCUAUUUUCAUGUGUGAUUUAUCGCCAUAUCCGUAGCCACUCUCAUUAAUUUGACUUUGUAAUCGAAUGUGCUACUUGCUUUACAUGAUACACUCUCUUGACUCUGGUGAGAUGAGUGAGCCGUGAUCGAGUUAAGACAUAUUUCAAUAGACAGCCGGUCGAACGUGGCGCGUUUUAUGAUCUGAUUGAUUUAAUCGUGUGUGUUGAUGGUCAGAGCUGUAGUGGGAACCCAAGAACACUGGGCGCCAAGCGAGUCGCACGCACCAGCAACAGUUUCGUCGCAUGUGAUUUUAGGUCAAUAAAGAAGGAUUCAGAGCAGCAGGAGCAGAGUUGGCUUCGAAGAGCUAAUACAGACAGUUCUGAUGGUUUAUAUCAUUCAUUGAUAAGAAACGUGUCAAGUUUUUCACGUACUAAAUGGAGCCAUCCUUUUUGGAGGCAUGUUAAAAUCCAAAUGACCGAGCAUGGUCUACCUUGAGCUUCCAUAGCUUAAUGGUGUCAGAGGUGGGAUUGUCAGCUUAGGCUGCUUCAAGUUUGAAACCAGUAUCAUAGAACUAGCUGUGACGCUAGACAAUCAGGAACUGUAUGGAGAAAACAUGACCAUGGUGGUCGCAGGCUGUACGAUGAGCUAAGUCAGCACAUUCCACCCUGGUUUGGGGGUGUCUGCGGUUGUCUUGGGAAAGGAAACCCUACUGGAAUCUGAUGUUGACAUGCUGAGCAAAUGAAGGGCAACCACUACAGCUCCCGCUGAAAAAAAAAGGAAAACAUCACACACAUGAAUAAAAAAUUAAACCGGUUAAGAUAAGAGCCAACUUCGGCGCGGAUAUUUCUCGCACCACAUGCUGCGACGCCCCUGCGGCUGUCACAUUAUUUGAAAAGCAAGAUCAAAAAUAGGCAUGGAGCUGGAUUUCACCAGGGCAUUAAAAAGUAUCACACCGCAUCACAAACACACACAUGUACAGAGCGUCACUGCAACAUAAAGACUAAAACUCAGUACUGUUGUACACAAAAGACUGUGAAACUCCAGACCUUGGCCCCUUUGUAGCGAGAACUAUUAUGCUUUUUUUAUAUAUAUAUAUAUACAUAUAUAUAUAUACAUAUACAGUACAAGUAUUAUGAGCCUUUUCUCUAUUAUUUCUUCUUUUCUUAUGUUUUUGGGCUUUCUCCAUGUUUGGAAAUGUCGAGCUUUGCAGAAUUGUCUUCGAAGAACACAAACAGAGCUGUGAUGAGUCUGUACAGUCAUGAUGACACACGCUCUCCACGAACUCCCCUGUGUACAGUGUUCCAGCAGGAAAAAUAAGUGAUUGAUUCUGUGUGCCAAAAGAUGCAAUUCAGUUGUCAUUUGAUAUUAUAUUGUGUGUCCUUUUGAACACUGCACACCUUUUUACUCACUUUCUAUGUGUGUGUUGUGUGAUAAAAAGCACUGAACAAGCGUUAUCAAUUCUUUGCAUUUUUUUUUUGUAUGUAACAGAGAAGUGGGUCAAUGUUUGCUCAGGAUGUAUAAUAUCAGACCCAAUUGACUUAAUCCAGUAAUGCGGAAAUGUGGAAAUGCGAUCGCCACCACACACCGAUCCAUUUCACGAAAAGGCCAGUCAGCGUUGAACAAGCAGAGCAGCCACUGGAACGAUCGGCUAUCAUGCAAAGAGGCGGAUGCUGGAGCAAAACAAAUAAUAAAGGAGGGGCCCUCCGUUCUCGGCUAAGAAAGAGUGGGACUCGGUUUCACUGGCAGGGUCACAGAUGAUGGGAUCAACAGCACACAUGACUGGGUUUCAGAAGCAGCCAUGUCUGACAUUUUACUUCAGAUGAAUCAGGUCAAGAAAAACAUUCCACUGCAGAAAAAAAAGGACAGCCAGUUGUGUAGUUCGGGGCCAAAUCUUUCACUUUGCAGUUCAAGUUGUCAACCUAGCUCUGACUAAGAUUUACUGAUAUUUCUUGUAAAAGUGUUUUCAGAUAAUCGCUAAGCUAUCACAAAUAAAUGGUCCAGCACUGCCUGCUGCAAACCUUUAACAGCAUCCACACAGAGAUAUAUAUUUUUUGCACCAUGUACCACAUAUGUAAAGUUUAUUGCCACAAGAAAAGGUUGCUAAGAUUGUUGCAGUGAGAUUUGUGGAAAUAUUUUAUAUUCACAGAAUUUAUUGACCUAAUCCGUGUUAUUCAUGAUGUGUAUUUUAGCAAGAUUGUGUUGCAAUGUGCAUUGCCUUUGUCAUAUUUUUGUGUGACCCUAAAUGAAAUGCCAAGGAUACACUUUGAAAUAGGGAUGCACAAUAUGGAUGCUGUCAAAAAUAUAUAUGUGAGGGGCUUGAACCAGACAGGGUACUAGAAAACCCUUGUGAUCCACUUGUCAAUUUGACUUUCCUUUGGUUGCCCACUGAGAAGCUAACAGUUGUUCACCUCCACAUGAUGUCAGUUACUGUGAUAUUACCAGUAUUCAAACCUCUCUCUUGGCACCUACUGUGUACAGUGUUUCAGCAGGUGAGUGACUCUCUUGCGAUAUUGUCGCAAACCUGCUCUAACCAUCUGUAACAGCCAUUUAAGUUGAUGAAACAAGUACAUAUUCAGAAUGACGGCAAAAUCAAAUUCUUGAAAUGUAUCGUGCAUCCCUAAUUUAAUAUCUUCAAUAAUAACAAUGUAAUUAGGUUAUUCCUAAACGAUUGUUUCAGAACUUGAUGGAUCUAUAUGAAUGCUUUAUUUCUUUUCAUCUAGGUUGAAAUGAGGAUGAUAUGAUUAGACAGUAUCACAUGAAUAUUAUGUCGUUUUUUUAGACUUCAUUUUGACAAUUGUGAUAUGUGAUGAAUCUCAUUUGCAUUGUAACUUAUGGUUUUAUUAUAGCAGCCACUAUAUUAUGUUGACGUCAUGGUUUGCCAUCACAUCUUGUUGACUUCAUUUUUUUUUUUUUUUUAUCACUUUGUCUCCCUGUUUAAAAUGACUUCAAGUAGUGAAAUCCGAUGAGGUGAUUGAUUUCUUUUUCUGUGGCAAUUUCAAUUCAUUUGUUGGUUUUGCCGCCGGUAACAUUACAUUGAUCCGAGGUUGGUCAUAAGCUGUCCAUUGUGAUCUGUGUAAAGGUUGAAAUUGGUUAUUUUUCCUGCCUAAUUAAAAUUUC